AAUUGGAAAGAAACAUUUAUAAUAAAAAUGUUACAACUUUUCCUCGGACUUUUAACGGUUACUUUAGCAUUAGGCCAGAGGUCAACUGAUUAUUACUGUCCGUUUAGGUCAGGGGGUGUCGAUUACACGUUAUAUGACCUGUAUGCAGCCGGGGUUCGCCUUCAAAACACGUUUGCCCUCUCCUUCCAAGUCAAGUGUCCAAAUGACGCCCAUAUUUUGUUACAAGAGUCUGCAAAUGAUUACACAAACAACGUGAUAGAAAUAGUCCUUGGAGGUUGGGGAAACACCAAGUCUGUAAUACGAGAUGAACAGCAAGGGGCGGCAAAGGCGGAGUACACUGAUACGGACAUUGUGUCCGGGACAGAGUACCGCUAUUUCUGGUUUAGCUGGGACAGUAACACAAUAGCUGUUGGAAAAGGAUCAACACCCUACACGAACGAACUCAUGUCCUGGAACGGUCUAGCUCAUGAUGUGAACUAUAUCUCCAUAGGUAUUGGGUACGGCACGGACGGAUAUUGGAAGUUCAUGAUAGUUGACGGAAAUUGGGCUGACUGGGGUACAUGGGGAUCAUGCACGACCACGUGCGGAGGCGGAAGUACGGAGAGAACACGUGCAUGCACAAACCCACCUGCUAGUAAUGGUGGAUCACAAUGCACGGGCGACACUGAACAAACAACAACGUGUAACUCACAGAAUUGUCCAAUUGAUGGAAAUUGGGGCUUAUGGUCUCAGUGGAGUACUUGUUCAGCAACAUGCGGAAACCAGACAAUGUCCAGAACGAGGCUGUGCGAUAGUCCUGCUGCGCAACAUGGCGGUGCUUCCUGUUCCGGUUCAGACAUUGAGACAUCAUCUUGCACUUUACCGUCUUGUCCAAUCGACGGAGAUUGGGGAGCUUGGUCGUCAACAUCGUGUAGCAAACCUUGUGGCUAUGGAACGGUCGUUAAAACGAGGUCAUGUGACUCGCCAGCACCGGCUCUUGGCGGUAACGACUGUUCAGGGGCCAGCAACGAAACGGACGUCUGCAUCGCUGCAUAUUGUCCACCUGUUGGGAAUUCUACAUACGCAAAUCAAUGUGGGGUUGACAUGUUUACGUGUUUUAACGGGACAAUGACGUGUAUUGACGAUGUGUUCCGGUGUGACUGUCAAUACGAUUGCGAUGACGGAAGUGAUGAAGAUGCCACGUGGGCCGGAUGUGCCCCUAACUUAUGUUCAUCAGCAGGCAGACCAUGGCGCGGUGUAAUGGUGAUGGCGAUGAUGGUUUUGACAACACUCAUGGUGUCCAGCAGAAAAUUGUAAAGAAUUAUUACAAUUAAAUAAUGCAGACACAUGUG